AUGGCGGGCGGCGGUGUCGAGGACGUCUACGGCGAGGACAGGGCCACCGAGGAGCAGCUCAUCACGCCAUGGUCAUUCUCCGUCGCAAGUGGGCACCAGCUUCUGAGGGACCCCCGGCACAACAAGGGACUGGCCUUCACCGAGGCGGAGCGCGACGCGCACUACAUCCGGGGGCUCCUCCCGCCGGCCAUCGUCUCCCAGGAGCACCAGGAGAAGAAGAUCAUGCACAACCUCCGCAGUUACACCGUGCCCCUGCAUCGCUACGUCGCCAUGAUGGACCUCCAGGAGAGGAACGAGAGGCUCUUCUACAAGCUCCUCAUCGACAACGUCGAGGAGCUGCUCCCCGUCGUCUACACGCCCGUCGUCGGCGAGGCCUGCCAGAAGUACGGCAGCAUCUACCGCCGCCCGCAGGGGCUCUACAUCAGCCUCAAGGACAAGGGCAAGGUGCUCGAGGUGCUCAAGAACUGGCCUGAGAGGAGCAUCCAGGUCAUCGUCGUCACCGACGGCGAGCGCAUUUUGGGGCUCGGAGAUCUGGGCUGCCAGGGUAUGGGUAUCCCGGUUGGCAAACUGUCUCUGUACACCGCCCUCGGAGGAGUUCGCCCAUCAGCUUGCCUGCCAAUUACCAUCGAUGUUGGCACCAACAAUGAGACAUUGCUCAACGACGAGUACUACAUCGGGCUCCGUCAACGGCGUGCUACCGGCGAGGAAUACCAUGAGCUUCUUCAAGAGUUCAUGAAUGCAGUGAAGCAAAACUACGGCGAGAAAGUCCUGGUCCAGUUUGAGGACUUUGCCAACCACAAUGCAUUCGAUUUGCUCGCAAAGUACAGCAAGAGCCAUCUCGUCUUCAACGAUGAUAUUCAGGGCACAGCAUCAGUGGUCCUCGCAGGCCUCUUGGCGGCCCUGAAGAUGAUCGGUGGAGGCCUUGUGGAUCAGACCUACCUCUUCCUUGGUGCUGGAGAGGCUGGAACUGGCAUUGCAGAGCUCAUUGCUCUUGAGAUGUCGAAACACACUGAACUCCCGGUGGACGACUGCCGCAAGAAGAUCUGGCUGGUGGACUCCAAGGGUCUGCUUGUUGAGUCCAGAAAAGAGUCUCUGCAGCACUUCAAGAAGCCGUUCGCUCAUGAGCACGAAGAACUGAAGACCCUGCUGGAGGCCGUCCAGUCCAUCAAGCCAACCGUGCUGAUCGGAACCUCCGGCGUCGGGAAGACCUUCACCCAAGAAGUGAUCGAGGCCAUGGCCUCCUUCAACGAGAAACCCGUCAUCUUCUCGCUGUCGAACCCAACGUCGCACUCGGAGUGCACGGCCGAGGAGGCCUACACCUGGAGCAAGGGCACGGCGGUGUUCGCGAGCGGCAGCCCGUUCGACCCCGUGGAGUACGAGGGGAAGACGUACGUGCCCGGGCAGUCCAACAACGCCUACGUGUUCCCCGGCUUCGGCCUCGGCGUCGUCAUCUCCGGCGCCAUCCGCGUCCACGACGACAUGCUCCUCGCCGCCUCGGAGGCGCUGGCGGAGGAGGCGACCCAGGAGAACUUCGACAAGGGGCUCAUCUUCCCGCCCUUCACCAACAUCCGCAAGAUCUCGGCCAGCAUCGCCGCCAAGGUGGCCGCCAAGGCCUACGACCUGGGCCUGGCCAGCCGGCUGCCGCGGCCCGACGACCUGUUCAAGUACGCCGAGAGCUGCAUGUACACCCCGCUCUACCGCAGCUACAGCAUAGCACAAAACUUAAAGUACCCUACCAGGCAGGCUCGUUGGAACAGUGGAAUCGCCCGUUUCCCCUCAGCCAAACUCGGACGAUACAAGGAAGGGGAACACGGCGUCAAGCUCAUGAGAGCAAGGAGAUGGUGCGAGAUCGUGCGCGUCCCCAAAAAUCUGCAGGAAGAAUUUGUGGCCACCUCCUGCCGAAUCGGUCGCCCUAUACAGCCACCCUCGGCUCACGACCCAAACUCGCGCCCCCUCAUUCGAGCUCUCCGUUUUGCGCGGAUCGUCAUCGACGAGCAGAUCAUAGUCAACAGGGUAAGGACUGAUAAGGGCUUCAAGGAGGUGCACUUGAAAUCUGUUUCCAAGAAGGUGUUUGACAUGUGGCCAAGAGGUCACCUCGACACAAGUCUGCAAUCACCUCAGGAAGUGGAGUGCCAGAUGGAUCCUGAUACGUCUCCAACGUAUCUAUAA